AAUAAUGCAAGCAAAAUAUGCAAGAGUAUUAUUAGAAAUAGUUGACCACCUUGAAGAAUCUAAUGAUUUAACUCUUUCUCUUAAUGCAAAUAAUUUAUUAAUAGCUAUUGAAACUUCAUUAAAAAAUAUAAACUUAGAUUUUAACAAAAUUAUUGCAUUAGUUACAGAUAGUCCUUCAGUUAUGCAUCUUUCUUAUGAAGCUAAAGCAUUAAAAACUUUAGCACUAAAAAUAUUUGCAAUUCGUCCUCAUGCUGCUGAAGUUGAACAGCUAUUUUCAUCUAUGGCAGUAGAAGCUUCUAAAAAAGUUGAAAAUAAUCAAGUAUCAAACAAUACUGAUGAAGAUACAAAUUUUGUAGAAUUAGAAGAUUAUGAUACAUUAUUUACCUCAAGUUCCAAUACUAAUGAUGAUAUCGAAUGGAAAAGUGAACUUCAAGAAAUUUAUACAGAAUUUGAAAAUUCAUCAGAUUUAUUUUUAGAACAACUUGUUAAUUUUGAUGUCGAAGAGUUAACACUAGAAUCAAUUAACAAAAAAAAUAUAACUAGAGCUAAAAUUACAAGUUAA